AUGCAGCAAGGUAUUAAUGAAGAUGUUGAAAAGGACGAUAUAAAUGACGAAAUUCAAGAGGACGACGUAGAUGAUAGAUUCCAAGAGGACGUUGCAGGUGAUGAAUUUCAAGAGGACGACAUAGAUGUAGAUGAUGAAUUUCAAGAGGACGAUAUAGAUAGUGAAUUUCAAGAGGACGAGGUAGAUGAAGAAUUUCUGGAGGACGACAUAUGUGAUGAAUUUCAAGAAGACGAUAUGGAUGAUGAAUUUCAAGAAGACAAAAUUGAAUGA